CCCACCUACCCUCUUCCUUCUAUUUUGAACCCAACUAACUAUUUAUUUACUUUCUUUUCUUCUUCUUCUUCUUCUUCUUCUGCUUUGGAAUUUUGAAAGAACAAACAAAAUUCAUCUCUUUCUUCAAUAUUGGUCAAAAAGAAGAAUUUUUUUUCACAAUUCUGCACUUUUUCUUUGAAAAUCUAAGUGGGUCUUCUUCCAACUGUGGAUUUUCUCUUCAUAUACUGUUCUUUUGGUUCAAAAAUUACUUUUUGAUCCAAAAAAGUGUGUUUUGGUUGGUUUUUGUUGUUUGAUGCUUUUGUAAGUUUAUUGUUUACAAUACACCAAAUUAUCAAUAGCCAUGGCUUGUUACUUGAAGAGCUUUCUCAAUAUUUCUGGGUUGAAUGACAACAUUUUGAGCUCAAAAACCAAAGGGGCUUCUGGGUUUUCUUCUUCUUCUGGUAUUAUAAAAAUUGAAGAAUCCAAAUCAAAGGAAUUUCCUCUUUUGAGUAUAGAUUUCAUGGGCCAACCCUUAGUAGUUUCAGAUCAAACAGAUUCAAGCAUCAAAGCCCCAAGCAAUUUCUCUGUUCGUGCACAAGGUUCACUUUGUGUAAGCAGAGCUCUUAGAUGGUGGGAAAAGACACUUAAACCCAAUAUGGUAGAGAUCCAUUCGGCUCAAGAACUGGUGGAUUCUUUGUUAAAUGCUGGGAAUAAAUUGGUCGUUGUUGAUUUUUAUUCUCCUGGUUGUGGAGGCUGCAAAUCUCUGCAUCCUAAGAUUUGUCAAUUGGCUGAAUCAAACCCAGAUGCAAUUUUUCUAAAAGUAAAUUAUGAGGAGCUUAAAACCAUGUGUCAGAGUCUUCACAUCCAUGUUCUGCCAUUUUUUAGAUUCUAUAGAGGUGCAGAAGGGCGUUUGUGUAGCUUCAGCUGCACCAAUGCAACUAUCAAGAAAUUUAAAGAUGCAUUGGCAAAAUAUGGAUCAGACAGAUGCAGCCUUGGGCCUGCUAAGGGUUUAAAUGAAUCUGAAAUAUUGGCAUUACAAUCAGUUGGUGAAUUGCCAAUUAAAUCAUCAUUACAAUUCAGCACUAGUAAAGAAGAAAGAAUGGGAGAUUUGAUUAUGAAAACCAUUUAUCUUAAAGAAGAAACUGCUAUUGGAGUUUGAGUUAUUUAGUAACAAGCUUACUGAAUUGUUGCUCUUUUUUCUUUUUUUCUUUUUUCCUGGUUCUUGAAUUGUAUAUAUCUAUUGUUAUGGGGUUUUCCAUAAGCAGAGGCCUGGUUCCUAGUUUUUAUCUGUUUAACCAUGAGCCCUGCCUCUUGACUGGGUAUUUAGAGAUUGGAGAUUGUAUUCUUGUGAAGGAAUAUUAAUAUUUAUCAAGUUUUUACAGAUUGAUUAA